AUGGGCUCGACCAAGCAGCAGGCCUCCGCCUUUGAGCGAUCCGAGUUCAUCCCGCCCGACGCCAUCUUCGACGUCACGAGGCGCUACGUCGCAGACGCCGACCCCAACAAGGUCAACCUGGGCCAGGGCACGUAUCGCGACGAGAACGGCCAGCCGUGGAUCCUGCCGUCAGUGCGGCUGGCCGAAGAGUCGCUCGGGGAGCCGGGGCACGAGUAUCUCCCCAUCGCCGGCCUGAAGCCCUUCCGCGAUGAGGCCGUCAAGCUCGUCUUCGGCACCACCAAGGCGUUGGCGGAGAACCGGGUCGCAUCGUGUCAGUCGCUCUCGGGGACCGGCGCCCUCCUCCUCGCCGGCCUCGCCCUGAAGAAGGCCGCCACGGGCAUCAAGACCAUCUACAUCACCGACCCGACCUGGUCCAACCACGAACUCCUCUUCGCCUCGCUCGGCUUCGAGGUCAAGCAGCUCCCCUACUACAAGGACCGCGCCUUCGACUUUGACGGCUACAUGGCGACCCUGCGGUCCGCCGACUCGUCCUCCGCCGUCAUCCUGCACGCCUGCGCGCACAACCCGACGGGCUGCGACCCCUCGCAGGACCAGUGGAAGCAGAUCGCCGCCGUCAUCGUCGAGCGCGGCGUCUUCCCCGUCUUCGACUCGGCCUACCUCGGCUUCAACUCGGGCUCCGUCGACGACGACGCCUGGGCGAUCCGGUACUUCGUCGACGAGCUGGGCCUCGAGGCCGCCGUGUGCCUGUCGUUCGCCAAGAACAUGGGCCUCUACGGCGAGCGCGUCGGCGCCGUGACCUUCGUCGCCGACUCGGCGGACAGGGCCCGGACGGUCGGCUCGAUCCUGGAAAACGUGCAGAGGGCGACCGUGUCGAACCCGCCCGCGUACGGCGCGCGCAUCGCCGCCGCCGUGCUGGGCACCCCGGCGAUCAGGGAGCAGUGGGCCAGGGACCUCGUCACCAUGUCCGGGCGCAUCCGGGCCAUGAGGAAGAAGCUCUACGACGAGCUGGUCCGGCUGGGGACGCCGGGCGACUGGUCGCACAUUGUCAAGCAGAGCGGCAUGUUUGGCUACACGGGCAUCAGCAAGGCCCAGGUCCAGCAUCUCGAAGAAAAAUACCACGUUUACAUGGCCGACACGUCACGAAUCUCCAUUGCCGGGCUCAACGAGAAGAACGUCGAGUACUUUGCAAAGGCGCUCGACGACACGGUCCGGAGUGUGAAAUGA